GCUGUCUCCACAUCCACAGAUGCCUCGUGCCUGGAUGCCUCACCUGCACCUUACCUCACAUGACCCCUGUGCCCACCAUCCUCCAGCCUUGCCACCUCAGGGCCUUUGCACCUGCAGCACCUCUGCUCCCUGCCCUCCUUGCCUCCUUCCUGGCAAGGCUUCCCUGACUCCCCAAGCAGCACCUCCAUCUCCUCCCUGGACUUAUUUGCCAUCACAGAGAAAGUCAAGUGCGUCACCAUAGGACACACCCAUUUAUUCGUCUCAUCUGCGCCUGUCCCUCCAUUAGACUGUGCACUCCACGUGGGAAGGAACGUGGCCUGCCCUGUUCACUCUGCAAAUGUUCGCUGAACGGAGGGGUGAAUGUUGACGUGUGAGUGGGGCCUCGGUGGCAGAAGAGGGAGGAAGGGCACUUUAGGAACCGUAGUUGUGUGAGGGAUGAAGGUUUGUUCUACAAGCCAGUGUGGCUGCAGGAGACGAGGAAGUUCCUCCCAGGACACUUCAGGAGGCGUUUGUCCUACAAUCUCUAAUUCAAGGCAGCUUUUUUGUAUUUCUUAGAGAACAGCUUUGGAAAGGCACGGAAAUGGCGAAAUCUGCUUAACGCUUUUCUUCAAACAAAGAGAGAAGCAAAAAAUUCCAUUGCUCAGACAAUUUCUGCUAGUUUCACUUAUUGCUUUAAAAGACAAGUCAACAAAGAGAUUUGGGAGGUUUUUCAAUCUGUUUAAAAUCCGUUCUUGACUUCAUAGUUUGUGAAAAUUAAUUCUAAUCCUUCUUGCUUGGUUGAAAAGCUAAGACAACAGAGCAUCCCAUGAUGGGAAACUGAAGCCUUUCCUCAAGCUUGAUGUGGGCUUGUGGUCUGAGGGGCCAGCUUUGCAGAAUGCUUUGGUUGAGCCAUUUAACGGCUCCUGUGAGCACAAAGACUGACGCUGUAAUUGUGGGGCGCCAGUGCCUCUGGGCGAAGUGCACUCCCGUCCUUUCCCUCUGCUUGGUGAGCGGAAAGAAAGGGCACAGUGGACCCAGUGCUGCCCACAGGAACCUGCGGGUCAGAAUCCUAAGCAGUUCAAGGGCCAGGCCAGCCAUGUUGAGCGCACACGUGUGUGUGACCUUGUGAGGGAGGUCUUCCUCAUGUGACCACAGGGGUGGAAAAGGGCUGCCGGGAAGGAUGGAGAAUAAGGCUUUGGAUAAAAAUGUGUUUGUUUCCAAACGGGCCCUCGGCCCUCUGGCAAGCCAGGAUCCGUGCUUGGUGUGGUUCUGCACUUGGGUACCCGUCUUCUUCCGAGAUGCCCACCGCGGUGCCCACAGCCUGUCUGCCCCCUGUGGACCUGAGGAGCCCCUCUGCUCCCGGCGGGGUUGGCACAGGACGGAGCGGAGCUCCGGGCCAGCAGUUACACAACCGCCGAGAGCCUUCCAGGAUCCUGCACUUCAAGUCCUCAUUGGAAUUCAGAAAGCGGUCCUCCUUCCCUGGCUUACGUGCAGUUCUGCUGGGCUUUUGUUCCCUGUGUGAAUAGUUCUUGCUGGACGCCCAAGGCAGGGUGACUCGGCAACGGGAGCCCCUCACGCAGAGGCCGGCGCUCCCCACGCCAGAACCGCCGCGGAGGUGCGUGGCGGCGCGGGGAGCGCAGCGCCGUGGCCGCUGACAUCGGCGUUUGCCCCCGGCAGGCAGGCGGGCAGGCGGGCAGGCGGGCAGGCGGCGCCAUGGCCCGGGAGGAGCAGUGCCGCGUGGAGCUGGCCUGCGACCGCACGCCGCCCCUGCAGCGCGCCGGGCGGCCGGACGCCAAGCCCGGGGACCUCCCGCUGUCAUCGAGGCUGCCCCCGUGCCUCAGCCACAAGACGUGGGUCUUCUCCAUGCUGACGGGGAGCUGCCUGCUUGUGACCUCGGGGUUUUCCCUCUACCUGGGAAAUGUGUUUCCUUCGGAAAUGGAUUACCUACGCUGUGCUGCAGGUUCAUGCGUUCCCUCAGCCAUCGUGAGCUUCACCAUCUCGAGGAAAAAUGUCAGUGCGAUUCCCAACUUCCAGAUACUGUUUGUCUCCACGUUUGCUGUCACCACGACGUGUUUGAUUUGGUUUGGAUGCAAACUUGUCCUGAACCCAUCAGCGGUAGAUAUCAAUUUCAAUCUGAUUCUGCUGCUUCUGCUGGAGCUUUUCAUGGCGGCCACGGUGAUCAUCUCUGCGCGGUCCAGUGAGGGGCACUGCAAGCAGAAGGGUUGUGUCCCCGAGAGCACCAACAUUCUGUACGAAGUGCCGUUUCCUUCUCGGGUCCUGAAAUCCUAUUCCGUCAUCGAGGUGAUCGCUGGCGUCUCUGCCGUCCUCGGAGGGGUCAUCGCCCUGAACGUGGAUGACGCCGUCUCUGGCCCGCACCUUUCAGUGACGUUCUUUUGGAUCUUGGUGGCCUGUUUUCCAAGUGCCAUUGCCAGUCACGUGACAGCAGAGUGUCCCAGCAGGUCUCUGGUGGAGGUGCUGAUCGCCACCUGCAGCCUCGCGGCCCCGCUGCUCUUCACGGCCUCGGGGUACCUGUCCUUCAGCGUGAUGAGGAUCAUGGACGUCUUUAAAGACUACCCGCCAGCCUUCAAGCCAUCCCACGACGCGCUCCUGCUGCUGCUCAUGCUGGAGCUGCUGCUGCAGGCGGGCCUCAACACCGCCACGGUCGUCCAGUGCGUGCGCGUCAAGGUGGGUGCGGCCUGGGACGCCGCGCAGCCUGGCCCGCAGGAGCGCCCGGCGGGCGAGCCACAGGUGGCCAGAAGCCCCCUGAAGGAGUUUGACAAGGAGAAAGCGUGGAGAGCCGUCGUGGUGCAGAUGGCCCAGUGACCGCGGACCCAGCGUGUAACGCACAGGCGCUAGCUGUCCUCCAGCGCCAUCUUCCAACGCGCCCCUCCCUUUCCGCAGGGCGGGCCGGGCCGCGAGGCGGUUUCAUUACUUACCUACCCUAGUUUAAUUUUGAAAUAGGCGAACGUUGACUAUUUUGUGCUCAUGGAGGGGGCGGGCAUCAGUUCAGUGCUCCCAAGGUGGCCCAACCACAAGGAGCAGUGGCACGGCCCCCAGGUGAGGGGGGGUGUCCACGCUGGAGCUGGACCCUCCAGGCGCUGAUAUGUGGGCGACCACGAGCCCCCGGGUUCCCGGUCCACCCAGUGGCCGGCUGCCAGGGUCUGCUCUUCUGCAUGUCUCCCAGCCUCUCUGCCCUGCUUUUGAGCACCUGCUGUCUGCAGCCAGUGCACACCUGUGCUCAGCCCUGAGUGGAUCUCACCCUUUUCGGCUCUUCUCUUCUUGGGGACUCAGCCCGCCAAGCAUCGAUUCCUUGACAAGAGGGCAGAACGGCUUCGGUCCUGUCUUGAGAGCCGGGAGGAGCUACUUGCCCCAGAGCCGGACGCACAGGGCGGCCCCCACACCCAACUAGCAGCUUUCCCCACAUGAAACCCACAUGCCUGCAUUUCUGCCCUCUCUUUAUACUUAAACUGAGUCUUUCCAGAAGGGCUCCCAUUCAGUGGCUCUGGUCCAUGUCCCGGAGUCCUGCACGGCCAGUAGAGACCCAGCUCAGCAGCAGUCAGCCUGAACCCGUCCUGAGCCCUCUGUCAACAACACAGGGGUCCGUCGACCCUGUCCACUGUGGCAGCUCAGUGUUCUCUGGGGUGGGGCCGUUGUCCAAGGCUCUGAAAACUGACAGUCACUCUCUGCGUCUCCAUGGCCUCCGCGUCCCAGGCGCGCCAGGCAGACAAAAUGCCUUGGUCAGGCCCCCGAACAAGCCCGGGGGCAGCGAAGUGGUUCCCACCUGCACACGUGCAGACCCCACCCAGCCGCAGCCCACGGGGCUGCCUCCCCUUCCUGCAGCUCCCCUGCCUGGACAGGAGCCCCAGGGACAGCGCAGGUGACACGGAUGUCUCCUGGGGUCCAGAAAGGCUCAGUCUUAGAGCUGGAAUGAGGUGCCCGGGGGCUUAACACGGGCCCCUGCACUUCCUUAUUUCAGAGAGAGCUUGAAAAAUCCACACAACUGGGGUUUUAGAAGCGUGUUCUCCUGUCGCUGUCAGUGUACGUUUCUGUGUGAUGUAGUUUAAUACUG